CACGGCGGGCGAGGUGCGCGGCUGUAGCGGAGGGCGGCGCGGCGGCAGGCGCGGCAGUCGCGCGCGACCACGUGCGCAAGCCGUCUUGCGCUGCCGCGAUCUCCCUGCCCGCGUCCUCGCUACCCGUACCGCUCAAUAUUCCCAGAUAUUACAUUAUCAUUAAACCCGCUUUCAAAUGACCCAUUCGGAGAUUUAGGCAGUUCCCGUGGUAUACAUCGCACAUAGUGAAGUGGUGUCAAAAUUAAUGGGUCAAUAGCAUGACAAGAGUCUUUCACUGAGAUUACCUACUUACAUCACUUGCACCAUUAUUUCGGCGGGAAAUACUUUAUAUCUAUCAAGCAAACAACACUGUAACUGUAAUUAAAAAUUCAAAACGAUUGAAAUGUUCGUCAAAGCAAAUAGUGUUUUCGCUUUAAACAUGGGCAAGCGUUAGAUAUGGAGAAAUCAGUGCAAGUGCGAUCUUCGAGCAAGUGUUCAUGUUGGAUCUGUUUUGUGCCGCCAUGGAGGUUUUCAGACUUAUCAGAAGAGAAGUUGUACUUGGCGUACACUCAGUGCCAGCGCCAGUGUGCCGUACUGCGUCUGCUCUUCACGGGGAUACUGUUCCAGAUCUUCGCCGCCCUUGUACCCGGAGAACGCGACCUUCACUUUGCCUACACCUCAGUAGCAGUAUCCCUAAUAGUGAACUUGUCUCUGGCGACGAUCUACGCUUUCAUUCAUCGCGCGCGAUCAUCAUUGAACCAUGUGACUUGGUUCGUGCUAUGGACUCAGCUCUUAGUGAGUUCCUCGCGACGCCUUGGAGAUUCUUACAACGAACUAUUAGGCUGGGCAUUCGUGCUGCAAUACUUCACAUUAGCAACUCUUCCAUUCCAUUAUAUGAUCCUCAUACUCUAUAGCACACUGUCCUUUGUCGCAUAUCUUUUGGUCCAGUACUACAAUGCGUCUACAGCUGAAAGCAGACUCGCCGAUGAUUUUUUCUUGCAGCAAAUAGCAAACGGAUGCCUGCUAUUAGGAGCAACAUUUUUAGGAGGUACAGCUUACGCAGUCAAUGAAAAGCAACAACGUAGCUCCUUUCAAGAAACGAAGCGAAGUUUGCGCGACAAAUUGACUAUAGAACAACAAAGUAAAGAACAGGAGAGACUAUUAUUGUCAGUACUUCCAGAACAUGUUGCCGUUCAAAUGCGACAGGAAUUAGGUCUAAUAGAUACACAGUUUAAAAAGAUCUAUAUGUCAAGACAUGAAAAUGUAAGUAUUCUAUAUGCAGACAUAGUGGGGUUCACGGCUAUUUCGUCGACGUAUUCGGCACAAGACUUAGUUGCGAUAUUGAACGAGCUGUUCGCAAGAUUCGACCGACUUGCUGAGAAAUACCAACAACUACGGAUAAAAAUUCUCGGAGACUGUUAUUACUGCAUCAGCGGUGCGCCAGUGGAGCGACCGGACCACGCGGUGCUUUGCGUCCAUAUGGGGCUUUCCAUGGUUAAAGCCAUUAAAUAUGUACAACAAACGACUAAUUCGCCUGUGGACAUGCGAGUGGGCAUUCAUACCGGCGCCGUCCUGGCAGGAGUGCUUGGCCAAAGACAAUGGCAAUUUGAUGUCUAUUCGCGGGAUGUGGAAUUGGCGAAUAAGAUGGAAAGCAGCGGAAUGGCCGGUCGCGUACACGUAUCGGAAGUAACGCUGAGUUUCCUGAACAAUGAGUUCGAGGUGGAGCCGGCGCACGGGGAGCGGCGGGAGGAAAUGCUGCGCCAGGCCGGCAUCAAGACCUACUUUAUUGUCCGAGUUCUGAAACCCUACCAGGGUGGCGAAGAGAAAAAUGCAUCGGAUGGCGAGGCGGCGGAGGGAGGGGACGCAGCCGACGCGCUCUCCGACCUCAAAGACGACGACGAGGACUCUGUUCUAUCCCCGCAAGAUGAGAGCAAGGACGAUGAGGAUGUGAAAAUACUCGCUAUGUUAGAGGAAGAGCUCGUCAAUAGAGACGACGACAAGGAACUAGCAGAUGCGACGACGUUGUGCCUGACGUUCAAGGCGAGCGAGGCGGAGGCGGUGUACGCGCGGCGCGCGGACCCGUGUCCGCUGACGGUGGCGGCGCCGCCGCUGCUGCUGCUGCCGGCGGUGGUGGCGCUGGCCAGCUUCGCCGUGCCGCCCACGUGGGCGCUGCACGCGGUGUACCUCGCGCUGGUGUUGGAGACUGGCCUGAUCAACGUCGUGUACUACGCGUGCUACCGAUACGCACAAUAUAAGAAAAAAGCCAUGUCCCCAUAUUGGAAACUGACUUGUGGAACUUUCAACAUAGCAAUGUUUGUCGCAGCGAAUAUUGCUCCUCUGAUAAUUUGCGGCAACUUCGAGACAGUCUUGUCUGAAGGUGGCAUAAGAGACGAUACACCUCCGCACGGAGCGCGCAGAUGCAUUCAUCCCUCGUAUUACUACCAUAUAGGCGCGGGCGCGGCGUGCGGCGCGCUGUGGGUGUCGCCGCUGGGCGGGUGCGCGCGCGCCGCGCUGCUGGGCGCGCUGGCGGCGGCGCACGCGCUGCCGGCCGCUCUGUACCCCGCGCUGCUGACCUCGCGCCCCACGCUCGACCGCGACCCCUUCCGCGAGCCCUACAACCGCACUGUCGACUACGACGAGGAUCUCUACAACAUACUGGCUCAGCUUCACACCGGGCGGCACAUACUGAUGUUGUUCAUGAUAGCGAUAGCGGUGCUGCUGUACAACAGAUACAGCGAGUCCCUGGAGCGCGCGCGGCACUCGCGCGGGGAGCGCAUGCGCGCGCAGGCGGAGCAGGCCAGCGACCUGCGCCGCCGCAACCAGGCGCUCGUGCACAACGUGCUGCCGCCGCACGUGGCGCGCCACUUCAUGGGCGCGCGCCACCACCACCGCGACCUCUACAGCCAGAGCUACGCCGAAGUGGGCGUGCUCUUCGCUUCCAUGCCCAACUUCACAGAGUUUUACUCGGAAGAGACGGUUAAUAAUCAAGGCCUAGAAUGUUUACGAUUUCUCAACGAAGUUAUAUCGGACUUCGAUCUCUUGUUAGAAGACUCCAAAUUCAGUAAGGAUAUUAUAAAAAUAAAAACAAUAAGCUCUACGUACAUGGCUGCGUCCGGCCUAAAUCCCACACGACAAAUGCAGCCUUCAGACGGAGUUAUGGUUCGCUGGGCACACUUGGCCUGCCUUGUGGAAUUCGCGCUGGAGUUGCAGAGAGUGCUCGCAGCCAUCAACGAGCAGUCAUUCAACCACUUCGUAUUGCGAAUGGGAGUCAAUCACGGCCCCAUCACAGCCGGCGUGAUCGGAGCUCGCAAGCCGCACUACGAUAUCUGGGGGAAUACUGUCAAUGUUGCUUCGCGUAUGGAGAGCACUGGAAAAGCUGGUUGUAUACAGGUAACUGAAGAAACUUGUCAGAUCCUUCAACAUUUCGGAUAUUACUUCGAGCAAAGAGGUCUAGUUGCUGUCAAAGGCAAGGGACAGUUGAUGACGUAUUACUUGCAGGGAAAACGUGAAGGGGUUGUUGCACCAACAGAUACCUCCGCCGUUAAUGAAAACUACGACGCGAACACCAGGGAUACGUUACUAGCGAACGGCGACGCUUCUGUUGCUUCGCGCUCUUCACAGGUGCAUGCUGAGGGAGAUGUAGAGCAUCCACUUCUGUCUUAAAAUACAAAUGGAAGAAAUAUCUAAGGAUUCAUAGUUCUUAUUACUUAUACAAUUUAUAGUUGCAUUGACUAUAAGUAUGUUAUUAUUUGCUUAUGUAUAAUUGUGGAAAGAGAGCGUGUGAUUGCCAGACAUAUUUCAUUAGUAUAAAACGUAAUUUGUUGAUAUAUUCUACGGGGUAUCAUGAGGUGUUACGUCUCUAGUCGCCAAUCCCUUAGCUUCAUGGCCACCGCUAGAGUCCGCUAGUUUGAUAUUUAACGACAUUUUUGUGUAAGUGACUGGCGAUUAGGGACAUGAUUUCUCAUAUUAUAACGAGAUAAAUAAGUUUUAUAUUUGCAUUGUUGAAAGUCUAGGGCCCUUGACCCCGGCUACCUUCCAAAGCCACCACAGAGACAUUAGCUACGUGGCACGUCGAUUCUCUUUCUACAAACUACGUCGAUCCGAUCAACACUUAAUCACGUGACCUGUCGAUAGUAAAUGUCAUACUCAUUCAGUUUUUUAUUUUCGAAGCGUUAGCGAUUGUAAAAAGAGAAUCGGCGUGCCACAUGGCUACAGGCUCAGGCCAGACUUCAUUAUUGUCUACCAUACUUACUUAUGGUAUGAUAUGACAUAUGACAAAAUAAUUAUAAGCUUUCAAAAAAGGCUUGGUAUGGCUGGCUGUUGCAGGCUCGUGGUCCAUUGUCAAAAUGAAUACAUAUUCGUACGAUCAUGUAUUUAUACCUAUUUGAGGAUCUGCGUUAUUUAGAAAAUAUUUAUUAUUAGAUUUACAACUGUGAUCUUUGAAUUAGAUUCCUUAAUUUCUAUGAAAUUGUAAAAAGAGAUAUAGCUACAAUCAUGUAAUGUAUGAUGGCAAUUUUUAUCGUAGGAAAACAAAGUCUACCAGGAUGAAGCCUUGCGUAAAGUUAGUGUUAUAUGUGUUACGUGUUUUUAGUUUAUUUUAAUAAAGUCUUUCUAAUUUAAUGGGUAAGUUAAAUAGGAAUUUAAUUUCAUUGAAACACUGUCAAACAACAGUGAGUGCUAUAGAUAAGUAUUUGUAAAUGUACUUUGUUUUUUGUGACGUAAUUGAGGCUAAUAAUGAAAUUGUUGCCUAAAGUAAUGCAUAUUUCAUAAUUAAUAGAAAGUACGAAAGUAUACCCGCAAUACUUAAUAUCUAAUUAGUUAAUUACUUUUUGUUGGACAAAAUAUUUCUAAAUGAUGAUUAAUAAUUAUAUAUAAAUAUUAAUCAUAUUAAUGUGAUGAAAUUUUUUUUUGAACUUUGUUCAUUUGGAAUUACUAGAAAACAGUAAUCGGUAAAUUUUGGAAAAUCCAGGAUAUCUAUUUUAAGAACCGCAGACAUAUGUCCAGUUACACCAAUCCUGCCAUUGAUGUAGAUUAGCCCUCCCACUACUUUUAUUUACUUUGGAUUAGCAUACCUAAUACUGUGACGAGUAUUAGGUAUGCUAUGCAAAAUUGUACCAUAUUGUGACGUACUAUCUAUAAAAACCUAUAGGCACAGAAAUUCUUUGUAUCUCUAAUACAUAGUUCUUGUAAAAUGUCGAAGAAGGCAUAAAUUCGUAAGACAGUCGCGCGUUUGAUUGAACGCGCUAAUCUCAUGAAGUGGUCCGUUUUGAAAAAAUCUUUCAGUGUUAGAUAGCCCAUUUAUCGAGGAAGGCUAUAAGCUUUAUAUUAUCCCCGUAUUACUACGGGAACGGGAACCACGCGGGUGGAACCGCGCGGCGUCAGCUAGGAUGUAGAAGAUAAGAGGAGCAGUGCUCCAGGUAUAGUUUCAUGUGGGUUGUUCCUAUGUCAAAUUAUCUAAUUUAUUUCCUACCUACCUAUAUAUUUACCUACUUUAUUUAUGUCAUAUAUUACAAGAAUUACUUUGUAAAUCGUAGCCGAAUAUUAUUAUGUAGUCAUGCGUGUCAGGAUACGCGAAUUAAUGUUACAUAACAUACCUGCAGGUAGCAGAUGAAUCUGUUGCUGUUGCUUCAUCUUUAUAUUCGUGUACUAAGUAGCGAUAUUGUGAUAUUUGUGUUAGUUGUAUAGCUUUAUUCUUAUCGAUGUCGCGUUGUUAUUAGAUUAAUGAAUAAUCGGAGUACGUAAACGUAUAUAGAUGGAGAGAUAAGUAAUAUUGCUUGCUUUUAACCGAGGCGCGAGUUUAUCUACAAAGAAAUUAGUCGUCAAAUCCCUUUCCUGUCAUAACUAUAAUAUAUUAUGAAUAUUAUAGAGUCCUUAAUGGUAGUAAGAUUAACUCAUGUCUCCGGUGGAAGUGUAGCAUUAAAUAGGAAUUUAGUAAAUUAGUAAUAACUUAGAUUUCAUUAGAUUUUAUUAGUAAAUAGAGAAUUUUAGUGUAACAGUAGAUUUAUAAUAAUUAGUUACUAUUUUAGUAAUCGAACUUUCGUAUAUAUCGUAGAUUAUAUGUAUAGGCAGGCGUGUAGGAAACUCUUGCUUGGAGUUUUAAGUAGAUUUAUUUUUGAAUAUUGAAAUUACUCGUGAUAUUAUAGUUGUGUACUCUAGUAAUAAGUCUUCUUAGACUGUUGUUGACUUUUGUGUUUUCUUCUAAAAACGAUAUAUCUUCCUGUGAUUGUGAUUAAGAUAUAAUUUUAUACGUGUUGUAGCUCAAGUGCAUAAAGGUUUUAACCUUUUGCGACUAUAAGUACCUACUACUACUAAAUAAAGCAAUAUCUAUUGAA